UAUGAAGUGAGACAGAUAAAAAGCGAUUCUAACAAUUUUUUUUGUGCCGUCAAUCCUUAUAAAUAUAGCAUCACAGAUAAUGCGAAACACAACACGCAACAUAUCCGAUACAUAAUGUUUAGUAAGUGCUUAAUAGUACUGCUAGUUGCAGUUUAUUCCUGUCAUUGUGAUUCGGUAUCACUUGGCGUUGUACACGAUGUAAGGACGACCGAGACUCUGGAUUGGUGGCAAAAUGCUGUUUUUUAUCAGAUUUAUCCAAGAUCAUUUAAGGAUAGCAAUGGGGAUGGCGUCGGUGAUCUCCAAGGAAUAAUCAGUAAACUUCCCUACUUGAAAGAAACUGGUGUUACUGCAACAUGGCUGUCUCCAAUUUUCAGUUCCCCUCAAGUCGAUCAAGGCUACGAUAUAGAUGAUUACAGGAAAAUCGAUGAAUUAUUCGGUAAUAUGAGCGAUUUUGAAGAACUGGUAAGAGAAGCAAAAAAACUGGGCAUCAAAAUAAUUUUGGAUUUCGUUCCAAAUCAUACCAGUAAUAAACAUGAGUGGUUUAUAAAAUCGGAAAACAAAACACCAGGUUUCGAAGAUUUCUAUAUUUGGCGUGAUGGAGAAGAAGGGACUCCUCCAAAUAACUGGAUAUCUGAAUUUGGUGGUUCCGCUUGGAAAUGGUGUAUGAAGCGAAAACAAUAUUAUUAUCACCAAUUUGCUCCACAACAACCUGAUCUUAAUUACAGUAACCCAGCUGUUGUAAAAGAAAUGAAAGAUAUUUUGAGGUUUUGGUUAGACAAAGGUGUAGACGGUUUUCGGAUGGAUGCAGUGCCUUAUCUUUUUGAAGAUCCUGAGUUCAAAGAUGCUCCUCUUGCCAGGGGAUAUACAGAAUGCAAAGAUUUAUCAAUAUGCCAAGAUAAAACUCUAAUAAUGAAAGAUCUAGAUAAAACUUACGAUAUGAUUUAUCAAUUUAGAGAAUUUAUUGAUGAAUAUGUUAAAGAAAAAAAAGAAAAUGAGACUAGAGUUAUAAUGACUGAAGCUUAUUCAAGUAUAGAAAAUACGAUGUUAUAUUACCAAUCUCUUGACGGCACUAGAAAGGGUGCUCAUUUUACGUUUAAUUUUAAUUUUAUCGUAUAUUUAAAUCAAAAAUAUACAGUUGACGAUGUCUCUAAUGCUGUUAAUAAAUGGCUGGUAUUCCUACCGAAAGGAGCUACAAGCAAUUGGGUGUUAGGCAACCAUGACAACCACAGAGUGGCAUCACGAUUAGGAGAAGCCAAUGUAGAUGGUUUCAACAUGUUGACAGCUUUCCUUCCAGGAGUUAUGGUAACUUACAAUGGUGAGGAAAUUGGAAUGCCAGACGGCGAGGUCACAUAUGAAGAGGGUGCAGAUCCUGCUGCUCUAAAGAAUGAAACGACCUUUAACGAAACAAGUCGAGAUUUCGAACGAACACCUUUUCAAUGGGACGAUUCUGAGUUCGCUGGAUUUUCCGAUACAAAAGAUAAAACAUGGCUGCCGGUUGGUUCAAGCAAAAGUACUAUAAAUUUAAAGGCGCAAGAUAAAAAAGGACUCAAAAGCCACUUCAACGUUUAUAAACAGUUAGUCAAUUUCAGAAAAAAACAUUUCAAAACUGUAACCGCUGUUGAUUAUCUGGCCAUUAUCAGAGUGUCCGACACGAUUUUACAAAUUGUUCGCCAAAGAGAUAAUGUAGAGUAUGUAUACCUCUUUAAUAUGGGUGAAAAGGACGAAGUUGUUGAUUUCUAUAAGAAAACAAGUCGAUAUAUGGUAUUAGUUACUAGUUCGAACAGUAAUCGUAAAGUUAUGAGUUGGCUGUCUGAUAAGAUAACGUUGAAGUCUCACGAAUGUUUAAUAUUUCAUGGUAUGAAAGGACAUAAUGGUGCACAAUCGUUUGGAGUUUCAGUUUCACUUG